UAAAGUCAAUAGGCGCAAGUUGAUUUAUAUCCAGUCUACCACACUGUAACCCUCUCUCUUAAAUCUCUCAUUUUCGCUUCCCUUAAUACAAAUCGCGGAAAAGAUGUUCAAUACCGGCGAAUCUGUUCAGAUUCCGGCGGAAUAUUCCUCCGGACUGGAGUCCAACCCCGGCCAGGCUCAGGUCGGGGUCUCGGACCCACGCGUCCCGCUCCUGAACCUCUCCGCGGUACGAAAUAGGAUGGAUUACCUGCAGCGCUUCCUAUCGGACUCGGUCAACCGCAACCAGCUGGUGAGCCAGGAUCAGAUGGACGUGGUCUCGUCAGAGAUCGUCUCCGCCAUUCAACAGAUCAUCGUCAACGGCGCCGCCCUCCUCGCCUGCACGCAACGCACCGAAUCCACACCACCCAUCCCAACGGCCCAUCCGAGAAUCUUGGCGGAUUCCUCGGGUUCGUUGAAGGUCGAGUCUCUGGACGAGGAAUUGAAAACCGAGAAUUCGGUCUCCGAGUUGGACGAUUCGGAGAUCGUGGAGCUCGACGCGGUGGAAUUACUGGCCGAGCACAUUCACUUCUGUGACAUAUGUGGGAAAGGGUUCAAGCGCGACGCGAAUCUGAGGAUGCACAUGAGGGCGCACGGGAAUCAGUACAAGACCCCCGAGGCCUUGGCCAAGCCGGACCGGAUGUGCGGCGAGGCGAGCCGGAAAACCAAGUUCUCGUGCCCGUACGAUGGGUGUAACAGGAACAGGCAACACAAGAAGUUCAGGGCGUUGAAGUCGGUGGUCUGCGUGAAGAACCACUUCAAGCGGAGCCACUGCCCGAAGAUGUACUCGUGCAAUCGGUGCAACAAGAAGAGCUUCUCAGUGGUGGCGGACCUGAAGAACCACCUGAAGCACUGCGGGGAGGCCAGGUGGCGGUGCACGUGCGGCACCAGCUUCUCGCGCAAGGACAAGCUAUUUGGACACAUGGCGUUAUUUGAGGGCCACAUGCCGGCGGUCUGGGACGAGGACGAGAGGCCCACGGAGCCUCCGGCACCGGCGGCGAUGGAGGUGGAGGACGAGGACGAGGAUGUGGGAGUGGCGAAUGAGGCUGAGUUAGCGGCUGCGAGUUCUUCGGAUAACGGAUUCUUCGAUGGGAUAUUCGAUGGGUUUGGUUCGAUCGAGAGCUAUGGUUUUCAGGAUGUGUUGGGUUCGCCGAUUGGAUUUGAUGGUUUUUGAUAUUGGGAGACAAUAGGUAUUAUUAUUAUUAUUUUAAUAUUUUCUAUGCCUUGGUGCUGUGUAGAUUUUGUGAAGAUAUUUACUGACUUUGUCUCUGUUGUUGUGACUUCUAAUAAAUUCUUCUCCCAUUUUGAGUUGCAA